AUGGUGGGCCGGGCCUGCGUGCAAUGCACACUGCUUUGCGAGGACGCGGCAGCGAAGUGUUGCAGCCUUUGUGGUGGAGCAUUGGCGACGGCCUUCAGGUCCUUGAAGGGCAGCGCAUGUAUCGAUUUGGAUGAUGAUUCUCCAGGUGACUGCGAUGGCGGGCCGCCCCCGCCGGCACCAGCGCAGGGUGGGGAGCCAGAAAACAACCGGGCGUGUCCCAGAUGUACAUUGAUUAGCACUAGCGAUGACUUUGAAAACUGCGAAGCCUGCGGUGCGGAGCUGCAGCCGCCAAGGAAGCGGCCAAAGACAGUUGCCACCGGACAGGGCUCCCAACGCUCCCAACGCUCCACCGGCCUCGCGGGCUUCUUCGGCAAAGCUCCGAAGGGCCCAGGCCCAAGCGUGCCGAGUGCGGCGCUGCCCAGUGAAGAGCCACCGCUGCCGGCCCCAGCAGAACCACCGCCAGAUGUCGCUAACCAGGCGACGUCCGUGGCGCAGCCUGGUGCCACCUGGAGUGCCACGGCCACCGAAGAGUUGGAAAAGCCCUGCGAGAACUUCAGCCAUCAACGGGUCACCGCAGGACUUCCUGCUGUGAAGGGCGUGCCUUACCGAGUUCUUGCAGUGGCUUUGGAUGCCUUGGAAGCCACAAAGAGCCGUUUGAGCAAGGACACCAUAUUGACGAAUGCCUUCCGCGCUUUGCUCGCCAUGUCAGCCUCUGUGGAGGAGGUGGCGGCUUCCUGCUACCUCUUUGCACCCGCCAAAGAUGCACAAUCCGGUGGCCACAGGCUCCGUCCAGAUUGGGCCGAGGGGAAGCCUUUGAGCAUUCCGCACAAGUCCAUCACGGCCUCCCUGCUGGAAGCCACCGGAUCCACCAAGGCAGAAAUGAAUCGUUUGUAUCACGAACUGCAUGACACUGGCGAGGUGGCUUUGGCCCUUCGCGAUGCUGGCGGCCGUCAGAAGCUCCUGAAGAAGCCUGCGCCGUUGACGGCGGGCUCAGUGCGCAAGGCGCUGCUGGCGCUGUCGGAGCUCAGUGGCCAGGGCGUGGAACGUGCCAAGACCGCCAAACUGGGCGCCUUGCUGCGGGCUGCUGAAGGUACCGAGUUGAAGUGGUUGGCUAGAACAUUUCUGCCACACAUGGCUGCCGGGAUCUCCCUGGAAGCCUCUGUGCUGCCAGCGCUGGGCUCGGCAGUUUUGUGGCAACGGGCACGACCAUCUGCAGAGGCCCUGCGCGCCGUGCAGGAAGAGGUCCGCCACGGCUACGCCUUGCGGCCGGACGUGCACGCGCUGGUGGAGGCGUUGUUGCGCGGCGGUGUUGAGGCAGUGCGAGAGUCCUGCACCCUGCAAUUGGGUGUCCCAAUGCAGCCCAUGUUGGCCAAGGCCUGCAGCUCCGUGGAAGAGCUGCUGAAGCGCAUCCUGAAUUCCAUGCCCGAAAAGGCGAGCGCCACACUGGCUGCGGAGUUUAAGUAUGAUGGCCAGCGUGCUCAGAUUCACGUUUUGGAAAAUGGUACUGUGAAGAUCUUUUCGCGAAAAUUGGACGAUAUGACUUACAAGUAUCCGGAUGUUGUCAGCGUGGUGAAACGGUCUCAAAAGACCAAAGCAGCGUGCGUGUUGGAUGCCGAGAUAGUGGCAGUGGUGCCGAAGGCGGAGGCAGGCCAGGAGGCAGGUAGCCAAGUGGACAUUGCGGCCUUUCAGUCGCUGUCCACCCGCAAACGCAAAAACGUCACGGAGCAGAACACCGCCGUGGCCGUGAAGGUCUUUCUGUUUGAUCUUCUCUACUUCCAGGAGUCUUUGAUCGCUCUGCCUUUUGGGAAACGAAGGGAGAAACUGCAGCAACAUUUCGAGAAACUUGAGGACUUGUUGGCCUUUGCCGAAACAGAAGACCUCAAAAUCGCAGAAGGAAAAGCAGAGGCUGUUCUUGAGGCUGCUCUGCAUCGCUCCGUGGCCGCGUCCUGCGAGGGGUUGAUGGUUAAACACCUUGACUCCAUUUACGAACCUUCCACAAAGCGUUCCGAUUGUUGGUUGAAGCUCAAGAAGGACUACUUGGAUUCCAUGGGCGAUUCCCUGGACCUUGUCCCCAUCGGCGGCUGGCGCGGCAGCGGCCGCAAGAGUCGAUGGAUCUCGCCGUGGCUCAUGGCCACGUACGAUCCAACGGAUGGUACCCUGGGCAGCGUGUGCCGCGUCAUGUCCGGCUUCAGUGACAAGUUCUACAAGGAGAACACCAUCCGCUACGUGGGCUACGAACUCGACGGCACUUCGCGAGACAAGGAGGAAGCCCAAGAGGAGGGCGAAGGCGAAGAAGCAUCUGAAGAGCAAGAGGUAGAUGAUGAAGAAGCCAUCCCAGUCGCGAAAAGCAGCGCAAGCGGCGGCUCCAGCGGGCUGCAGCUGAAGCGCCCGGCGGAGGGGGUGGAGACCGACGAGGCGCCGGCCUUUUGGUUCCAGCCCUGCGAGGUUUGGGAGAUCCGUGGUGCAGACAUCACCAUUUCCCCCAAGCACAUGGCAGCACGUGGCUUGGUGGACCCCAAGAAAGGCCUGUCUCUGCGCUUUCCCCGCUUCAUGCGGAAGCGGGAGGACAAGCGCCUUGUGGACGCCACGCGACCCGAGCAGUUGGCGGAGCUCUUCCGAAAACAGGGACAGCACCGUGCGCCGGGCUGA